AAAACAAAAAAAAAAUUAUGCUCACAAAUCAUCAAUUGACAAUCAUAUUCAUCGGUCUGAUUGUUUAUUCUAGUCUUUCUUUUUUAUUUAUUUAUAAUAAUAAUAAUCAUUCAACAAUGUCAAUUCUUUCGGUUAAUUUCAAAGUUUAUGGCCGAGUUCAAGGAGUAUUUUUUCGAAAAUAUACACAAAAUCAAGCCAAAUCAUGGAAUUUAAAAGGCUAUGUACGAAAUGAAAUCGAUGGAACCGUCAUGGGCAUAAUGCAAGGUCCGCCGGAUAAAAUUGAAUUGAUGUUAGUGAUAUUUUCAGACAUUUUCCUGUCAUUGAUUUGUAUUUAUUCAUAUUUUUUUUUCGAUAGGAAAUAUUGGUUACGUACUGAAGGCAGUCCACAAAGUCGUAUUGAUCGCUGUGACUUUACACAGGAAAAAUGGAUCACAGAACCUGAAUUUGAAUUUUUCGAAAUUACUCGAUAGAUCGUCAGAAUUUCAUUUUAUUUCCAUUGUUUUGAUUCGAUCAUUUUUCAUAUAUGGUUUUAAACAUUCUGG